CUGCAAUCACUAAUUCAUCCGUCGAAUUACUGAAAGUGAGUCCAUAAAGUCUUGUGUUAUUUUGAGAUAUUAACAUCCUUUUCUGUUCCAGUGUUUUCCAGAGCUGGUCUUUUAAGGGCCACGACCUGCUGUAUUGACCGACUCUCUUCCAGUCUUGUAGGCGCGCAGCUCCCCCACCCCGUCUACGCUUUAUUUCAUUAAUUCUUGAAGAAUGCUUUUACUCUUUUCUCCUUUUUCCUUCCUCUGUUAAAUUCCAUCUCAGUAUCUCUAAUAACUUCCAAACUCGCCAGACUCGUAGCCCUCUCUCUCUCUGAAUACGCAGACGCGUCAAUGGAUUCAAGCACCAACGAAGUAACCCACGAAUUCCCACCCUACUUCAAAGUAUACAAAGAUGGCCGCGUAGAGAGGUUGGGAAGGUUCGCAGGCACCGACCGUGCUCCCACCGGCCUAGACCCCAAAACCCAGGUCCAAUCCAAGGACGUCGUUGUAUGCUCCAACACCGGCGUAUCGGCCAGGAUCUUCCUCCCCAAACUCAACGGCCCAGAUCAAAAGCUUCCGCUCGUCGUUCACUACCACGGCGGAGCCUUCUGCAUUGGAUCGCCUUGCAACCGGACCUUCCAUAAUUUUCUUGUAAAUCUCGCCUCCGAGGCCAAUGCCGUUAUUAUCUCCGUUGACUACAGGCUGGCCCCGGAGCAUCUUCUUCCGAUUGCACAUGAAGACUCGUGGGCUGCGCUGCAGUGGAUUGCCAACCACUCAGAGGGGCAAGGACCCGAGCCGUGGCUGAACGAGCAUGCGGAUUUCGGACGGGUCUUCCUUGCGGGUGAGAGCGCCGGAGCCAACAUAGCCCAGUACGUGGCAGUGCAAGCCGGCGCCACCGGAUUGGCUGGUCCCAACAUCGUUGGGACACUCAUACUGCACCCAUAUUUCGGAAGUAAAAACAGCGACGACAAAAUGUACAAAUACAUGUGCCCAACGAGCACGGGUUUUGAAGAUCCGUUGUUGUACCCGGAGGUCGAUCCGAAUCUGGGACGUAUGGCCGGUGGGAGGGUGUUGGUUUGUGUGGCUGAGAAGGAUAGGUUAAAGGAUAGAGGGUUGGGUUAUUGCGAAACGUUGAGGCAGAGUAGUUGGGCUGGGACGGUGGAAUUAUACGAGACAGAAGGAGAGGGGCAUGGCUUUUUCCUGCUGAAUCCGACUAGCGACAAGGUGGAGCCCCUGGUGAAAGUUCUGGUUGAUUUCAUUAAGCAUCAUUGACUUCUUUUGGCUUCCCAUUACUUCGGUGCGUGGUUCUGGUCACGGGUGAGCUACGGCUGGCAUGAAAGAUAAUAAAUUUGGACUCGUAGCCCUCUCUCUCUCUGAAUACGCAGACGCGUCAAUGGAUUCAAGCACCAACGAAGUAACCCACGAAUUCCCACCCUACUUCAAAGUAUAAAAAGAUGGCCGCGUAGAGAGGUUGGGAAGGUUCGGAGUCACCGACCGUGCUUCCCCCGGCCAAGACCCCAAAACCCAGGUCCAAUCCAAGGACGUCGUUGUAUGCUCCGACACCGGCGUAUCAGCCAGGAUCUUUCUCCCCAAACUCAACGGCCCAGAUCAAAAGCUUCCGCUCGUCGUUCACUACCACGGCGGAGGCUUCUGGAAUGGAUCGCCUUGCAAGCGGACCUACCAUAAUUUUCUUGUAAAUCUCGCCUCCGAGGCCAAUGCCGUUACUAUCUCCGUUGACUACAGGCUCGCUCCAGAGAACCCACUACCAAUCGCAUACGAUGACUUGUCGGCUGCGCUGCAGUGGAUCGCUGCUCAUUCAAACAAUCAAGGACCCGAACCCUUGCUGAACGAGUAUGCGGAUUUCGGGCGGGUUUUCUUGACUGGUGAGAGUGCAGGAGCCAACAUCAGCCACCAUGUGGCUGUCCGAGCUGGUGUCACCAGAUUGGCUGGUCUGAAAAUCAUCGGGAUGCUCAUGGUGCACCCGUUCUUUGUAGGCAAAGAUCGUGAUGAAAUGUACAAGUUUCUGUCCUCCACAAGUUCGGGGUGUAGUGACGACCCGAAACUGAACCCGGCCGUAGAUCCAGAUCUGUCGAAGAUGGGGUGCGCCAAGGUCCUGGUGUGCGUGGCAGAGAAAGACUCGCUGAAAGAUAGGGGUGUGACCUACUCGGAGACUUUAAAAAAGAGUGGUUGGGGUGGAGGUGUGGAAUUGAUAGAAAGUAAAGGGGAGGACCAUUGCUUUCACUUGUUCAAUGCUGAGAGUGAACAAGCUGCGCAAUUGAUGAAAAAGUUCGUUGAUUUUGUUGCAGGGGAGUAGUCGUAGUGGUAGGGUGUUGGGAAGGAGAUGAUAAAUCCAAGAAUAAAAGUUUUUUCUUCUGCCUGCUAUCUACUCAUGUUCUGGUUUUGUUACUAAGUACAGUACCAAAAUGGUUUCUUCCUUCCAGUAUUAUUCCAGCAAAUGGCCUGUAUUCUUGAUGGUCAUCAAAUUAAGCAAAAAUUUUGCAACA